AUGAGGAAUGUGAGCGGAGAAAUGGUAGGAUCACUUGUUCAUCUAUUGGGUGAGUUGAGUGGGUCAAGAAAAUAUUUAGAUCGGGUAUAUGUUAUUGCAUCAUCUGCAUAUGAUCUUUUGCCUUUAAUCAGUUUCUUUUGUGAGUUGGUGGCCCCGGCUUUGAACGCCUUUCGAUCACAUGAUUUACCAUCACUCCGCAUUAAAUGA